ACGACAGAAGGAAAAGAAACCAGAAAAAUUUCACAGCCAAUAUUUCAUUCAUAUUGAGUGGAAUGGAGUCUGUUGAGUUCGCAGAUAUGGUAAGUAGAAGACUAUCUCUCGAUUACCGUUAGUAGAUUAUAUUGGAAUGAGCAGCAUCGUAAAUAAAAGAAGAAGUAUUUUCCAGUUAGCUUCCUCUCGCGUAACGUCCAUGCAAAAUUUAUACAAUAAAAUAUUGAUUCUCCAUUAGAAUUAAAUAAUCCAUUUUUGACAUGAAGUAUAUACCAAUAACGUGGACAGAAAUAAAUUAAAAAUAAUGGUGUUGAAAUAUUAAGAACGUCAGAAGAUAAUUGUCAACUUGACUGUCUUAUCCAAAAACUGAUAAGACUAUCGUGAUGAUCUUUGAAUUCAUAAUGGGUUCAUCGCCCUUGAAGGGUUUGAACCGGAAGGACUUCCUCUUGAAAAGUAGAGUCACAUUCCACUAACCUCGGUCCACUGUUGCUAGAGAAGGAGCUUGAGUACUGAAUACCAUAGAGAAAUCCCGUAAGCCAGGCCCGUGGGGCAGACCGGUGAAACUGUCGUUUUUCGUUUACGCUCACAAGUCCGGCUCCGACUACGAGAACAGUCAAUAAGGAGCCUUCGAGAAGAUCGCAUAUCCUGGCCUGAUUCAGGCCGACCAUGGCUGUCGACGUUCAGUCGAUCCUGCGGCUCGUAUUUUGUUUGUCAAUGAUCAUUUCAUUGAAUCUGAUCGAUGCUCGACCGAACCGCGUUGAUUUUGAACUUUUCACUUGGGAAAAUGACAAUUGCUCCUCAGUGAACAGGGACGAUUUAUUUCUUGAAGAGGAAAGGGAAACGAAUAGAUAUAUAAACGAGAAAGAUGUACUAUUAAACGAAACUAAUGGUGGUUCAAAUAACGAAGAUAGCAGAGGAUUUUCCUUUGGCGACAUCGUAGAAUCAAUGUUUUCUGCAGUGGCGAGUGGACUUGGGUCUAUCGUCACCAGUUUCAUAGGCACAGAGAAAAGUUCCAAACCACGAUCUACCAGGGUUAAUUACAGAAACUAUCAAUUAAUCAGAUUGUUCCCUAGCACUCAGAGCCAGGUGAAAGAAUUGAAGGAACUUAUGGAUGCUGAACCUGAGGAUGUAAAAUUCUGGACACAACCGAUAAACAACAAGACGACAGACGUGGUGGUCUCGCCAGAUCUUGUCUCAGAUGUGAAGACGUUUCUCAGGAAUAAAGGAAUUGACUUCAAAGUGCUGAUAUCCGAUCUUCAGAAAAUGAUAGCUCAUCAAAAUCCAAAGAUGAGCAAAGAACAACGCGAAGAUCUUGUCACCAGUCGAGGUCACAGCAUGACUUGGAAGAGAUAUCAUCGAUACGGAGAUAUCGUUAGAUACAUGGAAUAUUUAGCCUUCAGGUACCCAAGGCUGGUAGAAUUGAUAACAAUUGGCAACAGUUUCGAGGGGCAACCCAUUAAAAUGGUGAAAAUUUCAUCUGGUCCAACUAAGGAUGGCGAUGACAAACCAGCCAUCUGGAUAGAUGCCGGUAUGCACGCACGUGAAUGGAUCAGCACCGCAGUCGCGACCUACAUUAUGAGCCAGCUGGUCGAGAAGAACAGCAGCUACUCAAAAUUGUUGGACAGUUCCGAUUGGAUGAUUCUACCUGUCGCGAAUCCUGAUGGCUACGAGUUCACUCACACUGGUGACAGAUUGUGGCGAAAGACUCGAAGCAAUCAUGGGGAUGAUCAGGACGACAGUCGGUCCGUCCAUUAUAGUCUGCUUCAGUUGGUGAGCCAUUAUACUAGAUGGUUAUGGGGUAAAUGCGAGGGUGUCGAUCCGAAUCGUAAUUUUGGUUACCAUUGGGGUGAAGUGGCGGAGGGUGGGACGAGUUUGGACCCUUGCCACGAAACAUACGCUGGUCCGCACGCGUUCUCCGAGCGGGAAACCAAGGCGAUGGCCGAAUACAUACUGGCCAACAAAGAGAAUAUUAGGAUGUACUUAACAUUGCACUCUUAUUCGCAAAUGUGGCUGGUGCCAUGGGGAUACACGUACUCGAAACCCUCCGACUAUUCCGAAUUAGUGAGUGCAGCGAAAAAAGCUAUCGGUGCAAUUUCGAAGGUGCACGGUACCAAUUACAAACUUGGUCCGUCAGCUGAUUUAUUGUAUCCGACUUCAGGCUCUUCUGAUGAUUGGGCCAAAGGUGUAGCUGGAAUAAAGUACGCCUAUACCCUGGAGCUUCGCGAUCGUGGGACUUAUGGAUUUCUUCUUCCAGCGAGUCAAAUCGUGCCUACAGCACGCGAAAUCUGGGCUGGAAUCAGGAUGAUCGCUCGUCUAGUCACUUGCAACACGUGAAAUUCGUCGUGGAUGGGCAUAAUGAUUACAGCGUACUGCGGACUCAUGAAACGUCCCUGGUAUCAGUUGCAAUUAGAACCUAUAUCGUACAUUUCUUAAUAUCGUAAUAAAGAUAUGUCUCGACAGAUGUUGAUAACUGCCCAUCAAAUCGAGUAGAUAAACGGUCAGAUCGUUAUCGAUGAUUUAUCGGCUGUUUUUUAACGGUGAAUUUCGUUUGUUUACAACGUCCUUGAAUGUACAGUGUAAAGUUCAGCAGAUUGGAUCUUCUAAAACAUCAUCGAAAGAAUUACCAUGACUAAAAUAAUUACUAGAAUGUCAUAUUAAUGAUUCGAUUGAUUUUAUCCAUGAACGAUUUGUAAAUACUGUAAAUCUUCGAUCUUAUCAUCAAGAAUGUGUAAUUAAAUGCUGAUUAGAAUAUGGUGUAAUUUAUGUGUUAUGUAUUGUAUUUAGUUAAGUAGUAUGUAUUCAUUUAAUAGAAUUUAAUAAUUAUACAUUAAGAAGAAAAUAUUUAAAUAUAGUAUCUUUGGAG